AUUCGUGUGGUUCUUAUGAGAGAGUUUAAUUUUUUUUAAAAAAAGAAGAGAGAAAAUUGGGGAUGAUAUUAUUAUUUUCCUGGUUUAAAUAAAUAUUAUUAAAUGUCUAAAGUAGAGAUAUUCAUAAUCCAGGUGGGGGAUCAAUCAAUCGAUUUUGGCUAACUCGCCACAUUCAUAAACCGGAUUAAGCUCUUCCGUGUAGAUUCUUCUUCUUCUUCUUCUUCUUUAGUUGUUUCAGCUAGGGUUGCGAUUCCGAUCUCAAUGUCGAUCGAUAUCGGAGAAAUCUCCGUUCCGGACCUCCCUCUCUUCUUCUCCAUGUUCUUAAUCAUCUAUCUGAUCGCUUACACCAUCGUCUUCCGCAAUUGGAAACCUCAAAUCCGCCCCGAAGCCUCGAGCUGUCUGAUUUCAAUCUUCCACGGGACUCCGGCGGUUUUCCUCGCCUCACGCGCCGUCCUAUCCUCCUCCUCGAGCUCCUUCUCCUCCGCCAACACCGCCGCUCAGAACACCGUCCUCGAUUUCAGCGUCGCCUACUUCCUCACGGAUCUCCUCCACUACAUCGUCUUCUACCCUAGCGACGUCCUCUUCAUCGGCCAUCACCUAGCCACCCUGUUCGUCUUCCUCACCUGCCGAUUCCUCGUCUUCCACGGCGCCUGCGCCAUCUUAGGCCUCCUGAUCCUCGCCGAGGUAACCAGCGCGUGCCAGAACGCGUGGACGCUCGCCGGCGCAAGGAAGAGCGAUCCGGAGUCUCGGUUAGCCGUGAAAGUGUACGAUCUCUUGUCCCCUCCGUUUUACGCCUUCUACAGUAUCGUUAGGGGAGUGUUGGGACCUUUGUUUUUCGGGAAGAUGGUUGCCUCUUACGCCCGAGGCGAAGCCGACGGCGUAAUCCCUAAUUGGUUGUGGGUUUCUUGGGCAAUCGUUGUUGGAACUGCCAUCACUGUUAGUAUACUUUGGAUUUGGAAUCUCUGGAUAGAAUGGUUUAGAGAAAGGAAGGCCAAACUAAGACAAGAUGACAAACAAGAUUAGCUAGUCUUAGUUUUUUUUUCCUAAGAUCAUUGUUUCUCCUUCCUCCUUCCAUGUACUAUAUACCAACUUACCAUUAUUAUUUUUUCGCCUUUUAGAAUUUCCUAAAAGUAUUGUAACGUUUGGAACAAUAAUAGAAUUUGCUUCUGGGGAUUGCCAAAGUAUGUGCAGAAGCAUUCUGAUUCAUCUCUGUAUUAUUCACAAGAUAAAUCUCUAAAGAGUUGAUUUCAAGUUUGUGACAAUCAUAUACUGGUAUUAGAAUUGGUUUGCUUUAUAAAGAUUUUGCUGCUUCUCCUCCAUACCCACUUUACACAGGGCUGAACCCGUUUUUGGAGAAACUGGAUGUCACAUUCCAGCUGGAUCCGAGAAGCUUCAGAUCCACACCAGCUGAACUCGACGAUAUACACUGUCGAUGGCGGAGAAAGAGCUGUGAUAUUCGAUCGAUUCAAAGGGGUUCGCGAAGAAUCUAUCGGAGAAGGGACACAUCUCAAGGUUCCAUGGGUGCAAAAGCCGAUUAUCUUCCACAUUCGAACCAAGCCCUACGAAUUCCACUCCGACAGUGGAACUAAAGAUCUUCAGAUGGUCAACCUCACCCUCCGUGUUAUGUGUCGCCCUGAGAUCGUCCACAGGUGUCGGCUCUUGUGCGCGCGAACGAAGGUUUUCAACAUUGUACUCGAUGACGUGGCGAUCACGCACCUCAAAUACGGUCCAGAGUUCUCACGCGCGGUGGAGAGGAAGCAGGUGGCGCAGCAAGAAGCUGAGCGGUCCAAGUUCGUAGUGGCAAAGGCUGAUCAGGAGAGACGAGCGGCUGUGAUCAGAGCCGAAGGAGAGAGCGAGUCAGCUCGGCUUAUAUCGAAAGCGACUGCAGAGGCUGGGAUGGGGUUGAUCGAGCUCAGAAGGAUCGAGGCGGCAAGGGAGGUUGCGGUUACCUUCUCUAACUCCCCCCCCAACGUCGCCUAUUUGCCUGCUGGUGGUAAUCUCUUGUUUGCAAUGAAUGGGCAGACCCGUUAA